AUGCAUCUCCUGCUGAGGCUGCGGAGAAGCUUCCGCGCCCUGGUCGCGCUCCUGGCCGCCUUCUGCCUGGCCAGCAUCGCCCUGUCCGCCUACUUCCUGUGCGCGGGCUCCCGGCGGGAGGUGGUGCUCCUGGAGACCAGCUCCAAGGCCGAGUGCGCGGACCCCCGCCGCCCGCCCGUCCGGGCCGCGGAGCCCCGCACGGCCCGGCCCGCGGACACAGCGCGCACGGAGCCCACGGUGCUGCUGCUGGUGGAGAGCCAGUACUCCCAGCUGGGCCAGGACAUCGCCGCCAUCCUGGAGUCCGGCCGCUUCGCCUACCACAUGGUCAUCGCGCCCGGGAAGGGCGACAUCCCGCCGCUCACCGAGGGCGGCCGCGGCAAGUACGCGCUGGUGGUCUACGAGAACGUCCUCAAGUACGCGGGCAUGGACGCGUGGAACCGCGAGCUGCUGGAGAAGUACUGCGUGGAGUACAGCGUGGGCAUCAUCGGCUUCCACCAGGCCACGGAGAACAGCCCGCCCAGCGCGCCGCUGCGGGGCCUGCCCGUCGGCCUCCUCACCAACCUGGCGCUGCGGGACUGCCUGGUGGACCCGCGUGCCCCGCUGCUGCGCCUCACCCGCGCGCCCCGUGUGCAGCAGGGCCCGCUGCCCGGCCAGGACUGGACGGCCUUCCGCUCCAACCACUCCACCUUCCAGCCCGUGCUGCUGGCCGCGCCGCAGGGCGGGGAGGGGCCCUCGGCCGCGCCCGGCGCCCCGCUCCACGCCACGGUGGUGCAGGACCUGGGGCUGCACGACGGGGUCCGGCGUGUGCUCUUCGGCAACAACCUGAGCUUCUGGCUGCACAAGCUCAUCUUCGUGGACGCCGUGUCCUUCCUGUCGGGGCGGAGGCUGAGCCUGUCGCUGGACCGGUACCUGCUCGUGGACAUCGACGACAUCUUUGUGGGCAAGGAGGGCACACGCAUGAACGUCAAGGACGUGAAGGCCUUACUAGAGACUCAAACUUUACUGCGCACUCAGGUUGCCAAUUUUACCUUCAACCUUGGAUUUUCAGGGAAGUUUUACCACACAGGGACCCGCGAGGAGGACGAGGGCGAUGACCUGCUGCUGCGGUCGGUGGGCGAGUUCUGGUGGUUCCCGCACAUGUGGAGCCACAUGCAGCCGCACCUCUUCCACAACGAGUCCUCGCUGGCAGAGCAGAUGGCCCUCAACAAGGAGUUCGCCCUGGCGCACGGGAUCCCCGUGGACAUGGGCUACGCGGUGGCGCCGCACCACUCGGGCGUGUACCCGGUGCACGCGCAGCUGUACGCGGCCUGGAAGCAGGUGUGGGGCGUCCAGGUGACCAGCACGGAGGAGUACCCGCACCUGAAGCCCGCCCGGCACCGCAGGGGCUUCGUCCACGACGGCAUCAUGGUCCUCCCCCGGCAGACCUGCGGGCUGUUCACCCACACCAUCUUCUACAAGGAGUACCCCGGGGGACCCCAGGAGCUGGACAAGAGCAUCCGGGGAGGCGAGCUGUUCCUCACCGUCCUGCUGAACCCAAUCAGCAUCUUCAUGACUCACCUGUCCAACUACGGCAACGACCGCCUGGGCUCCUACACCUUCGUGAACCUGGCCAGCUUCCUGCAGAGCUGGACCCACCUGCGCCUGCGCACGCUGCCGCCCCUGCAGCUGGCCCGCAAGUAUUUCGAGCUCUUCCCGGAGCAGAGGGACCCGCUCUGGCAGAACCCCUGUGACGACAAGCGGCACAAGGACAUCUGGUCCAGGGAGAAGACCUGCGAGCACUUGCCCCGCUUCCUUGUCAUCGGGCCGCAGAAGACAGGCACCACGGCCUUGUACCUGUUCCUCCUGAUGCACCCCUCCAUCGUGGGCAGCCUGCCCAGCCCCCGCACCUUCGAGGAGGUGCAGUUCUUCAGCGGGAGCAACUACCACAAGGGCAUCGACUGGUACAUGGACUUCUUCCCCACGCCGGCCAACGUCACCAGUGACUUCCUGUUUGAGAAGAGCGCCAACUACUUCCACUCGGAAGAGGCUCCCCGGCGGGCGGCCUCCCUGGUCCCCAAGGCCAAGCUCAUCACCAUCCUCAUCGACCCCUCGGACCGGGCCUACUCCUGGUACCAGCACCAGCGGUCGCACGAAGACCCGGCCGCCCUGCAGUUUAACUUCUACGAGGUGAUCACGACCGGCCCGGGCGCCCCGCCCGAGCUGCGGGCCCUGCAGCGGCGCUGCCUGGUGCCCGGCUGGUACGCGGUGCACAUCGAGCGCUGGCUGGCCCACUUCGCCGCCUCCCAGCUGCUGAUCAUUGACGGGCAGCAGCUGAGGUCCGACCCGGCAGCCGUGAUGGACGGCGUCCAGAAGUUCCUGGGGGUGACGCCGCGGUACAACUACUCGGAAGCCCUGACGUUUGACCCCCAGAAGGGCUUCUGGUGCCAGCUGCUGGAAGGAGGGAAGACCAAAUGCCUUGGGAAAAGCAAAGGCCGAAAGUACCCGCCCAUGGACCCCCAGGCCAGAGCCUUCCUGUCCGCCUACUACCGGGACCACAACGUGGGGCUCUCCAAGCUGCUGCACCGGCUCGGGCAGCCCCUGCCCGCCUGGCUGCGCCAAGAGCUGCAGAAGGCCAGGUAG